AUGCAGCAGCAGCAACAGCAGCAGCAGCAACAGCAGCAGCAGCAACAGCAGCAGCAGCAACAGCAGCAGCAGCAAAAGCAGCAGCAACAACAGCAGCAGCAGCAACAGCAUCAGCAGCAAGAAGAGUUUCUGUUGUAUGUGGGUGAGGGCCUGGAGGAGGGGGAGUUUAGUGAGGCGCUGGAGACAGCGAAAAGUUUAAUAGAAGCGUAUGAAGAGGCAGAGGUGGUGUAUGAGUAUUACUACGAAGAGGAGGAGACAGAGACCACAGACACCAUAGAUAAACCAACCCGCAAACCCACACGAAACUGCAGCAGCAACAGCAGCAGUACACUAAACGGCUACUCUAGCAGCAACAGCAACAAAAGAAGCAGCAGCAACACCUGUAGCAGCAGCAGCAACAUCUGUAGCAGCAGCAGCAAUAUCUGUAGCAGCAGCAGCAACAUCUGUAGCAGCAGCAGCAACAUCUGUAGCAGCAGCAGCAGCAACAGCAACAGCAGUAGCAGCAGCAUCUGCAGCUUUAGCAGCGCCCGCUGCACUAGCAGCAGCAACUGCAGCAACAGCAGCAACGGCUCCAGUAGUAGCAGCCCUGUAGCAGCAGCAGCAACACCAGUAGCAGCAGCAGCAACAGCAACAGCAACAGCAGUAGCAGCAGCAUCUGCAGCGUUAGCAGCGCCCGCUGCACUAGCAGCAGCAACUGCAGCAACAGCAGCAACGGCUCCAGUAGUAGCAGCACCUGCAGCAACAGCAGCAGCGGCUCCAAUAGUAGUAGCAACUGCAGCAACAGCAGCAACUGCUGCAGUAGUAGCAGCGCAUGCAGCAGCAGCCUUCAUCCGCAGUUUUGUAUGA